CUCGUGCACUUCCUCUAAACUACACUUUCAUUCUCUCUCUGUCUCCACUGAUAAACGCUUUGAUCAUUAUUUUCUGGAACACGACUAAGAAUCAGUGUCACAGCAAUGCACAAGCAGCCCGCACUGGUGCUUCCUGGAGCCGUUCAGAUGAGGAUCAAGAACUCCCAGAGCAGUACUGGAGAGAGACUCAGCCAGACAAAGUCUAUGGUCAUACCAGAGCCUGAAUUACUACAGAAACCAAUCAACCGCCACCGGAGGAACCAGUCUCAGCAUAACGUUGAUAUUGGGCUGCAGCCUGUUCUAAAAGGAGAAUAUUUGAACAAAGCAAAAAUUGCUGAAGGAGGAAAGAAACUGAGGAAAAACUGGACUUCAACCUGGGUUGUUCUUUGCUCUAAUGAGCUUUUAUUCUAUAAGGAGAGCAAACAAGAAGCUGUGGCUAAUUUGAAACCAGGUUGUAAACCAGAUGGUGUGGAUCUUUGUGGGGCUGUAAUAGAGUGGACAACAGAGAAAUCCAGCCGGAAAAAUGUGAUUCAGAUCACCACCCCCUCCGGUCUAGAAUUUUUGCUGCAGGCAGAUCACCUUCCAACCAUCUCGAAAUGGCAUGAUGCCAUCAAAAAAGCAGUGGACAGUCUGUCGAGUGGAGCAGGAGGCCAGAGCUUUGCUAGACCAACCAUACAGAAGUCCAACAGUUCAGAAUGUUUGUCCAGACCAACUGGCAAUCCCCCUAAACCCAAACCAAAAGAGCCCAAAUCUGAACACAGACGCUCCAUCAUGUUCAAGCUGAAUUACAGCGCUUCAGACAGCGCAGACAAGAAUGGAGUCAAGAACAGACUGAAGAAGUUCAUCUCCAGACGGCCCUCUAUGAAAACACUACAGGAGAAGGGCCUUAUUAAAGACCGAGUGUUUGGAUGCCAUAUACUGACCCUGUGCGAGAGACAAGGGACCACAGUGCCCAGAUUUGUCAAGUUGUGUGUGGACGAGUUGGAGAAACGAGGCCUGGUGGCUGAUGGGUUAUACAGAGUGAGUGGCAAUUUGUCCACUAUCCAAAAACUACGCUUUCUAGUUGACCAAGAGGAGGAGCUUGACUUGGGCGACAGCCAAUGGGAGGACAUCCAUGUCAUCACCGGAGCGCUAAAGAUGUUUUUCCGCGAGCUGCCAGAGCCCCUGUUUCCCUUUCGCUUUUUCGAACCGUUUGUGGAAACCAUUAAAAUUAAGGAGCCCACACAGAAGGUUCAAGCAAUGAAGAAACUGAUCCAUCAACUCCCCAAACCCAACCACAACACCAUGAAACUGCUCUUUCAACACCUGAGAAGAGUCUUGACAAAGUCACGGCAAAACUUGAUGUCGACCCAGGGCGUUAGCAUCGUGUUCGGACCGACUCUCAUGUGGCCCGAGUUUGAAGCAGGAAACAUGGAAGUAAAUAUGGUAUACCAGAACCAAAUAGUGGAGUUCAUUCUUCUUGAAUGUCUUGAGAUCUUUGGACUGGAGGGCUAGUAAAUGAGUUUUUAUAUAAGAGACUGUAAAGAAAAGCAAGAAAUGUAAAUAAAGAGUAAGACAUUUAGACUUUUAUGAUAUUACAGUAUUCUCUGGUAUUUCUUGUUGCUGAUGUGUUUAUAUUUGCUUUUGAAAAAGUGCAUUUAUAAGUAAUAUCUGGUAUAUUUAAUUUCUUUUUUGUAUAAUGCAAAUCACCUUUAUAGUGUAUCUUCCUUAAAACAUAAUUGACAAAGUUAAUGAUGUAUAUUUGUAAUGAUAGCAAUGCUUUUUGUAAAUGGUUUUGUACAAAGACAUUUGCUAUUGGAAACUUAGUAAGUUCAAAUGAAUUAGCAAUUUUUGCCAGUUCUUGAUUAGACUUAUUAAGCUGCAAAUCUGUUGCAAUAAGUAUUUGUUUUGCUGUUCAAAUUCAGUUUGUUGUAUUAAUGGUAAAUUAACACAUACAGAUAUUUACAAAUAUUUUUUCAUUAAAAAA